UUUGCCGGCAAACAGUUAGGCGGCAAGCAGUGUGACCAUUAAGAUAUUUAAAAUCAAAGCGGGAACUUUAUGGUAUUUUUGCUUUUAAAGCUACGUUCACAUUGCAGCAGAAGCGAAUGAAAGCGAAAAGGAAAUGAACAAAAGUAACAAAGUUGUUUGGACAGAUGAGAUUUUAUUUUUUGUUAUCAAACAUGUGAAAGCCGCUCCAUUUGUAUGGGAUCAUGCCCAUCCGCAGUUUACGUUUAAGUCUAGGAAGGCGAAGUUCUGGUCCUUGCUAGCCGAAAAAGUGAAUACUUAUGGCGGACUCUUUGCCACCACUCCAGUUACAAAGGAGGCACUGCAAAAGAAAUGGACAAAUAUGAAGACAUACUAUCUGUUUGAGGAGAGCAAAUCACGGCGCAUUGGGGCGGAGGCCGAUAGUUUCAGCACCACCUGGAAAUUCCGAUCAACUUUAUCCUUUCUUAGUUCAUCCCUGGGAACAGCAGCUCGACCGCAAGCCUUGGGACAAGCCGAAGGUAGCAGUGCUUCCGCCACAAAUCCCAGCGAAGGCAGUUGUGACUUUUCUGAGGAUGAUCCACUGGCAACCCAAGAGGGAAUUCCCGCAAAUAUUACCAUUAAAACAGAAGAGCCUUGUCUGGAUGAAUUAUCCACGGAAGAUCCAUCAAUAUUGCAAGAAGAUGACAACGACAAUGACAAUGUUGAAGAGGAACACACAUUGCCAUCACCGCCUGUUAGAAAAAGAGCAAAAGAAGCUUUAAUGGUGGAGGGUCAAUCAUCUAGGUAUACACACAGAGCUAAUUAUUAUCAUUAUGGUAUGACGGUUGCCCAAGACCUGGAUCAACUCGAUGAGGACUUUAAAAUCGAUGCUAAACUUGAAAUAAUGCAAAUUAUUGCCAAAUACAAAAGGGAACAGUACUUGAACCAAACCGAAAGCUAAAAUAAAUUACAAUUAACAUAAUACUACAAAUCAAUGAUUUGUUUUGCUUUCAUCCCUAUUGUUGAGAAUGGGCAGCACAAAAGGCAAUAGCUGAAGCUUGGAAAUCAAAACAAAAGCAAAAAAAAUCGAAUUAUCGAUA